AUGGAGAUGUUAGGUGACAAGAUAGUAGAUGAUCUACUGUGGUACAACAUUGAAAGAUGGUCUAAGGUCUACUUCAAAAAUUUAUGUUGUUGUGAUAGUGUUGACAACAACAUGGCUGAAAGUUUUAAUUCAUGGAUAUUGGGUCUAAGACAUAAGACCAUUAUUACAAUGCUUGAGGAAAUAAGGAUUAAAAUGAUGAGAAGAAUUGGACAGUUGAGGGAGUUCUCUAAUACUUGGAUAACAUAUAUUUUACCAAUGGCUUUAAAGGUAUUGAAAGAGAACACAUCAAAAUCAAUGAAGUGUACACUUGAAUGGAAUGGUGAAUAUGAUUUUGAGGUUAAGGACAGUUGGGGUAAUACCUUCACAGUGAAUUUGAGUAACAACACUUGUACUUGUAGAUCUUUGAUGCUAAAGGGUGUGCCUUGUUGUCAUGCUAUAGCUGCACUACAUUUUAGAAGAUUGGAGCCUAUUCACUAUGUUGCGCAUUGGUAUAGCAAACAAACCUACCUCAAGACCUAUAACUACUUCAUUAAACCUGUCAGUGGAAUGAAAAUAUGGCCACCAUCAACUAACCUUCCUGUUAUACCUCCUGAAACUAGAAAACUACCAGGCAGACCUAGCAAGAAUAGAUGGAAAGAGUAG